AUGGGUGUUCCGACGAAAGUGUACGUUCACACGAACAUCUACACGUACAGCAAUAAGUAUAAAAAUUUGGAUCGUUUUGUAAAAGAUGUCAAAAGGUUCUUGAGAGAGUAUGAUAGCAUAGUGCUGCACAAGGAUCUUUACAACCUCGUCUUCCGCAGUUAUCUGCGGGAGAUUCGGUCGAAGGUGAAAAUUGUGUUACAAAAGUUUGGAGCCGCACCUUGUGAUGAUGGCAGUACGCAUGCUAAAAAGGAAAUGUUCUGUUGUGGGUUAGCAUUCACGGAUGCGGAACAAUUCCGAAAGCAUUAUAAGGCGGUGCAUAAUGAAGCCUUUCUGUUGUAUCCGAAUACGCUAGAGCUUAAAUCUGCAUUCGCCAAACUAGACCACAUGCGCCACCGUCUGGACGAGUACACGCGCUUCGGCAAGGAGUACACGCUGGCCCUGCUGUUGGACUUGAAGAAAAUAACUAAGAACAUCUCUACCACCUUGAAGUUUUAAAAUAAGA